GCCUGCCACCCCCGCGCUGCUCCGUGUGGCCGCUGUUGCCAGGAUAAGGGCCGCCUCUCCGGCUUCCGCGCCCGUGAGUGGCUGGGGUGAAGGCGGGGCGGAACGGGAGGCGGCUCGCUGUCCCAGCCGCCCGCGUCCGGGGCCGCUCGCUUCACUCCCCCCAGCAGCGUCGGAGCGAGCAGCGGGACAGUGAGCGAGAGUCGCCGCGCCGGGGGUGGCUGUGCCCGCUGCCGCCAGCAUGAUGGAGCUCGAGGUGCCGCCCGCCCCGCAGAGAAAAGAAAAGGAUUAAAGCCUUUGAUUUGGGGAAAAACUGACCCAGAUUCCCAGGGGCAGUUGUUUUGGAGGAAAAGAUGGAGAGGCUCCAUGCUGGUGCUAUGUACAGAGGUGGAUCCAGGCCCUGCCCAGGAGGCACAGAGCAGAUCAUGUGCAGAACACCGCAAAUCCUUGAGCAGGACAUGAACUUGAUUGACAUUCUUUGGAGGCAAGAUAUAGACCUUGGGGCAAGACGUGAAGUUUUUGAUUUUAGUCAAAGACAGAAGGAAUAUGAACUCGAAAAGCAGAAGAAACUUGAAAAGGAGAGACAAGAACAGCUCCAAAAAGAGCAAGAAAAAGCUUUACUGGCUCAGCUGCAGCUGGAUGAAGAAACAGGUGAAUUUAUUCCCAUUCAGCCUGCCCAGCACAUUGAGUCAGACAACACAGGCAUGCCAACCAAUUUUUCAAAGACUACGCAUAUUUCAAAACCAGAAGCAGAUGCCUUGUCCUUUGAUGACUGCAUGCAGCUUUUGGCAGAAACAUUCUCGUAUGUAGAUGAUGAUGAGGUUUCUUCGGCUGCAUUUCAAGUGUUGGUACCUGCUCAUGUAGAUAGCGACGCAAUCUUCAUUACUACUAAUCAGACUCAGCCACCUGAAUCAUCAGUCCUUCAAUCUUCUGUUGCUGAAGUAGAUAAUAUGCAAAACAUAGAGCAAGUCUGGGAAGAAUUACUGUCCAUUCCAGAACUACAGUGUCUUAACAUUGAAAAUGAUAACCUGGCUGAAGUAACCACUAUUGCAAACCCAGAAACCAAGCCAUCAGAGAUUCACAGUAACUUCUACAGCUCAUCAUCCAUUACUGUUAAUUGCAAUUCAGAUUUCCUCAACACUUUUGAGGAUUCCUUUUCUAGCAUCCUACCACCAGAAGAUCUCAGUCAGCUGGGACUGGACUCUUUAGAUACCACUUCAUGUUUAAGCUCCAACUUUUCUGAAGAUUUCUACUCCACCUUCGUUGAUCCAAAGGUGAAUGGUGACACAGCAGCACCACAUGUUGUCAGUGAGUCAUUUGCUGAAAUUCCAUAUGAACCUAUUGAUAUUUCUGAUUUCUCACUGUGUAAAGCUUUUAAUGGUGACCAUCAAGGAAAUGCACCAGAAUGUAAUGAUUCUGACUCUGGUAUUUCAUUGAACGCACAUUCCAGUACUGCAUCACCUGAACAUUCUGUUGAAUCAUCUGUCUUUGGAGAUACAGCUUUUGGAUACAGUGAUUCUGAAAUGGAAGAAAUGGAGAGUGCUCCUGGAAGUCUGCAACAGAGCAAUGCUCAAAUGUAUUCAUUGCAGUUCCAUGAUCCAGUCUCUCCUUCCCUGGGGCCAAGCACUCAAAAGUCUGAUCUGCAAUGUGUAAAUACACCAAAGAGAGAACUACCUGCUAGUCCAGGCCACCCCAAAGCUCCAUUUACAAGAGAUAAACCUUCACGCUACCUUGAAGCUCAUUUCACAAGAGAUGAGCAAAGAGCAAAAGCUCUGCAUAUCCCUUUCUCUGUAGAAAAAAUCAUCAACCUUCCUGUGGAUGACUUCAAUGAAAUGAUGUCUAAGGAGCAGUUCAAUGAGGCCCAGCUUGCACUUAUUCGAGAUAUACGCAGGAGAGGCAAGAAUAAAGUGGCUGCUCAAAACUGCCGUAAAAGGAAACUGGAAAACAUAGUGGAACUGGAGCAAGACUUGGGUCGUUUAAAGGAUGAAAAAGAGAAAUUGCUUAAAGAAAAAGGAGAGAAUGACAAAAGCAUCCGUCUAAUGAAAAAGCAGCUUACCAACUUGUAUCUUGAGGUCUUCAGCAUGCUACAUGAUGAAAAUGGAAAGCCUUACUCUCCCAGUGAAUACUCACUGCAGCAAACAAAAGAUGGCAGCAUCUUCCUUGUUCCUAAAAGCAAGAAGCCAGAGACUAAAUUUUGACAGGCAAGGAAGCUAACUGGCUUUGACAGAGCUGGUAUUUUUAUUCUAAUAGCUUUUACUGUGAUGUGAAAUGCAGAAUUGUUAUAUUUUAAAGUGAUUCUAUGCAAAUAUAUAUCUAAAGUUAAUAACUAGUAUAUUAAAUACACAAGUUAAAAAACUCUAAUGCAUAUGUAUGCAAAAUGUGUAAUCUCCUUUUUCUAACAGUCAAUAUUUCCUUCUUUAUAGCACCACUUUGGCUAGUUUCUGUAUGAGUGUAAAUAUUUAAAGACAUCUUAUUUAUAUACUGUUCUAUCUCAUCUGUUAUAUUCAUAGAUUUAUAUGAAAUAAAUAUAUAUAUAUGAUUUUAGCUGGCUAAAUACAAUUGGUCUUGCAACAGAUUAUAUGACUUCAGACAUUUUUAUAAAUAUAAAUUGAAUAAUGUUUGCCACUUUUCUUAUAUAUUUUUAUUUGCUUUACAUUUAAAAUAAAAGCUUUACUUUAGUAUACAAGUUGAUAAAGUAUAUUAUUUUGAUUUGUCUUAAUAAUUUGUGAAAUCUUUUUUUUUAACUGCACACCAUUCAUGUUUACUUCCCCUAAAUAGGUUAUUCACUAACUUACAAACUUUCACUUUUUUUACAAAGAUGAGCCAUCAUAUAAACAAGCUAUAUAAUUAUUAACUUGAAAUGCAGUAUACAACAUUGUCAGCAUUACCAAGGCCAGGUCUACACUACAGACCUAUAUUUGUAUAACUGCGUUGCUCAGGGGCAUGAAAAAUCCACCCCCCCUGAGCAACGUAAUUAUACCGAUCGAAACACACAUCCUCCCCACCCCACCAUCACACACACACAAACACACACACACACACCCCAUGUAGAGAGCGCUAUGUUGGCAGAAGAGGUGCUCCUGCCGACAUACCUACCACCUCUUGGGGUAGUGGAUUAACUACACUGACAAGAGAAGUCGGCAGUGCAGUCUGCACCAGUGUAACGUUUUAUGUGUUAACUUGACUUACACUUCAUAUAAAUUUUAACUACCUUUUUAAAGAGGUACUGUCACCUUUAAUGUAAAAAUCUCAAGUCUAACACUAAUGCUUUUUGUUUAUUUUUUUGCACUUUGCUAGGCUUAAUGAAACUAGUCUGGUUAGUUUCACUUUCUAGUUCUGAUGCUGUAGCACAAAGCUGCGGUGUUUUGUUUCACUACUGUAGAGAAAUGUCAAGAGGCCAAUGUGCUUGUUAAAUUCCACCCCUACAAACACUCAUUCAUAUUAGAUAUUGUUUAUUCUUUCCUGCCCAUCCUCCCCACCAUUAUGGACUCCCCUUAUUCUCUCCCUGUAUCACACGGAUACCAUUUUUAAAAACUAAGCUUAGUGCAUUUAAACUGCAGAAGUGCUGUCAAGGCUAAUUCCCCACUCUGGCACUUCACAUACAGAAGGUGAGGGCCUGCAAGGAUUCUAAAAAUUAAUACUGGCCACUCCAGGCUUGUAUUAAACUCACAAGGUUACAGCUUUUCUCUGACCUGGGAUUGGUAGAUGCUGUUAGCACCCAAGUGCAGAACCCCUUUGAGAGCCCAGGAUGGUGCACUUGGGAAUUCUUUCCGUGGGGUAUCCUCAAGCCCUUUCACCACCAUCCCCAUUUCCAGGAAGAGCUGCGGGGGGGGGG